CGAAAAGAUGAGACACAAUUUCUCUUCUGAUCUUUCGAUAAUACUUUGUUUUAUCGCUGUCUCGCUUUAUGGAUUCUUCAACUGUCAAGACAUCUGUCAACAACCUGAGUUAAAGGACUAUAAAAAGGUGGUUUUUGAAAAUGGUUCAUAUCAAUAUUCUCAUCACUAUAAUUACUCGAUGAGAGUUAGUCUUAAUCAGCCUCGUCGAGUUGUGAAUGGCAGUUUUAAUAAAGACUCUUUUUAUCAAGAAGUAAAACAAAACUUCCCAUUUAAAUUUUACGAUAGCGACGUCUAUAAGUUCAUUGUUUUCCCAAACGGUGCAAUAACUAUGAACGGGAAAAUGAACCUCGGGAACUUUUCAAUGUUUACAUCAAACGACUUUCAUAUUGAAUCUGAGGUUUUGGAACAGGAUAAAUUAUUUGCUGUCCGAUGGUUUCCUAAAAAAGAUAAUGUUAUUGGGGUUACAGGCAAGAUAACUGGUCUGAUACAUUCGAGUGGGAAGAUAUCUAUCUAUUUUGAGGACAUUCCUACGAAAAUUAAUGAAAGUGAGAGGCAACCGAAACUCUCCGGUUUAUUUCAGUGUGGAACAACAAGAUGUGCAAAACACAACUCGACUGGAGCAUGUCAAAAUGCAUCAACAUCGAAUGUGACAUGCAUUUGGUGUGAAAAUGCUAACACAUGUAUCGAAAGUAAUGAUCAAAAUACUCAUAGCUUGAAAAUAAAUGAUUGCCGUAAUAAGAAUAUGACUAAAUCAAUAACCAAAGAGAAUAACCAGGACAAAUCAAUUCAAUAUUUACAUAUUGUGAUAGCUCUGGUCGUCUCCUUCUUUGUUGUGUGCAUCGGUUGUGCUAUUUGGAGAUGGUUGUAUAAGAAGAAGUAAAUCAUUUCAUGAUUUUCAGAAACGUAUUAUAUCUUGUUCUUAUUAUUCUGACCAAAUUGUUUCUAUUCCGUAUUUCAUUAAAAAACUUAAAACUUAAUUUUUCAUUUCAGUAAUUUUGACAAUUUCUUUAUGGAUUCAUCUAUCAUUCAUAGCUGAUUGACGUAAUAACUGAUGUAAUAUUGUUGAUAAGAUACUAAACACAGUUUUUCACAUUUGCAC